AUGAGUACUUCGAUAAUUAUAAUACGAUUGUUGAUUUGUACGGUGAUAUUCGUUCCACCAUGUUACACAAGCGAAUGGUACCAACGACUCGAUUAUGAUUAUAUUCGAUCUGAUAUAGCGAAAGAAAUUAAAAAUGUUGUUGAAAGAAUUGAAAACAGGCAACGUUCAGAGGAUAUUAUAUUAUCAAAUAUUAGUCGUUUGCCAAUUGGAAGCCCGGUUUAUGGACAAAUGAUCGAUUCUAUGCCUUCCAAAGAGGGACAUUCAGGGUCUCGAAAUGCUGAAAUUAUAUAUGAAGUUGCACGAAGUUUGAUAAAGAGCUAUUGUCUAAGGAACGGACACAGUGAUAUAAAAUGUUCCAAAGAUUUAAUGAAUCUGAAUCUGAAUGUGACUGCAACAUUGGGUGAGAUGUGUAUGUCCGAGUAUCACAACAACAAUUAUUCGUGCAACUUUGACUAUCGUAGUCUGGACGGAUCUUGUAACAACCUGAAACGUAAAUAUUUGGGAAAGGCAAACACGCCUUAUAAACGUUUGCUGUUUCCAGUCUACAAAGACGGUGUUUACGAGAUGCCAAAUAUUAACGAAGAAAUGCGGCCUAAUCCCAGAAUACUGAGCACAAAUCUUGUAAAAGACGAGGACUCUUCUGACCCCACAAAAUCGAUGAUGAUGGCGUACUGGACGAUGUUCAUUGGCCACGAUCUAUCACACACGACAGUUUCUACAAUGGGAAAAGAGAACAAAUUUGUGAAUUGUUGUGAUAAGGACAAAAGGAAUCAAAUUACUCUGAACAAAUACAUAAGGUCCUGCAAGCCCAUAUUUAUACCGGACGACGAUAGAUAUUUUAAACCAGAUCCGUUUGAUUACAUGAACUGCAUGAAUUACUUGCGUUCGAGACCAGCGGUGCGUCCUGAUUGUAAAUUUGGACCCAUGGAACAAAUGAACCAAGCUACCCAUUAUUUAGACGCAUCGAUGCUAUACGGUAUAACGGAACAACAGACGUUGUCGUUGAGACGAAUGUCGCUCGGCCUACUUUCGGUACAAAGAAACAUUUAUGACGAUCAUGAGAGGGAUCUAUUGCCUCUGGAAACCACGGAUAACGUUUGUCAGAACGGCCCCGGUACGUGCUUUCGGGCUGGUGACAUUCGAGCAAAUGCUUUUCCACAACUCAAUGCCGUGUACACGCUGUGGGUAAGGGAACACAACCGGGUAGCCCGAGCACUGCACAAAGAAAGACUCUUCUUGAGUGAUGAAGAACUUUUCCAAGAGGCCAAGAAAAUCGUGACAGCUUGCAUACAACACAUCACGUACAACGAAUGGCUGCCAGCACUACUUGGCGUUAACUACACUAAAGAAAACGGUUUGGGAUUUGGGCAGAGAACCACCUACGACGAGAAUGCUGACCCGACAGUUAGCAACAGCUUCGCGACCGCGAUACUCCCGUUCGCCAAUUCUAUGAUCACCGAUUCACUUAGUUCAAACUCGAUGAACAAAUGGUACAAACCUUCAAAAUUAUUUACACCUUCAUUACCUUCUAUAAAGAGAUAUUACAACCAACCGCUCAUAUUGGGCGAAUAUUUUGACACAGGUAUCGGAAAAAUGCUAAUCGGACUAACUGUGCAGGCUACACAAAAAGUCGAUAUGCUGUUCACACAAACGAUUACAAAUUACCUAUAUAGGAUUGAUCCAAAUGAUGUGUUUGGAAUGGAUAUUUUCAGCUUGGAUAUACAACGAAGCCGCGAUCACGGUAUUCCAAGCUACACGCAAUUUAGAAAAUAUUGUGGACUAAAAGACAUAGAAAACAUGCAAGAUUUGUCUGAGAUCAUGGUCGAAGGUUCAGCUGAUAGAUUAAUGAAGCUUUACAAAACUUGGAACGAUAUAGAUCUAUUGGUUGGUGCAUUGUCGGAAAAACACGUUGACGACGCAAUGGUUGGUCCCACGAUGAGAUGUAUCAUCAGAGAACAAUUUGUAAGAACUAGAAUUGCAGAUAGAUAUUUUUAUGACGUACCAGGAGUAUUCUCUGAUUAUCAACUGGAGAAUUUAAAAAAAGUGACGCUUGCCAGAGUUUUAUGUGAUAACUUACAAGCAUCCAGUUAUGAACCACAACAAGUCUUUUUGAUACAUGCGGAAUAUAAUAGUUCAAUUCAUAAUUGUGGUUCCAAAUUAAUUCCCAAAAUUAACUUUAAUGGUUGGUUCGAUAAAUCACAAGACAAUUUUCUCGAUAUAAAUCAACACUAA